AUGGAAGACGGCGCUGUGUUCUCGGCGAGGCGGCAUAGUCACGAGGACACCACGAGAGAAUCAGCCUUUGUCUACACCAACAGCAACAACACCAGAGACCCCUUUGAGGGCCCCAAUUAUCACAUUGCUCCCCGAUGGGUCUACAACAUCUGCACCUUGUGGAUGCUCUUCGUGGUUUUUGCCUCUGUCUUCACCAAUGGCCUGGUGCUGGUGGCCACAGCUAAGUUCAAGAAGCUACGGCACCCACUCAACUGGAUCCUGGUGAAUCUGGCUAUAGCUGAUCUGGGGGAGACGGUCUUGGCCAGCACUAUCAGCGUCACCAACCAGUUCUUUGGCUACUUCAUCCUGGGACACCCCAUGUGUGUAUUUGAGGGAUAUACCGUCUCAGUUUGUGGCAUUGCAGGUCUGUGGUCUCUAACAGUCAUUUCCUGGGAGAGGUGGGUAGUGGUGUGCAAACCUUUUGGCAACGUGCGAUUUGACGGCAAAUGGGCGAUAGGAGGCAUCAUCUUCUCCUGGAUCUGGUCUAUCAUAUGGUGCACCCCUCCGAUCUUUGGCUGGAGCAGGUAUUGGCCCCAUGGCCUGAAGACUUCCUGCGGCCCAGAUGUGUUCAGUGGCAGUGAAGACCCAGGAGUAAAAUCCUACAUGAUCACGCUGAUGAUGACCUGCUGUGCUCUGCCGCUGUCCAUCAUCAUCAUCUGCUACAUCUUUGUAUGGUCCGCCAUCCACAGUGUGGCCCAGCAGCAGAAGGACUCAGAGUCCACACAGAAGGCUGAGAAGGAGGUGUCGCGCAUGGUGAUCGUCAUGGUCUUUGCUUUUGUCCUGUGCUGGGGCCCCUAUACCUCCUUCGCCACCUUCUCUGCCAUCAACCCAGGCUAUGCCUGGCACCCCCUAGCAGCAGCCGUACCUGCCUACUUUGCCAAGAGCGCCACCAUUUACAAUCCCGUCAUUUACGUCUUCAUGAACAGACAGUUUCGGACCUGCAUCCUGCAGCUCUUUGGCAAGAAAGUGGAAGACGGCUCCGAGGUGUCUGGCAGCACCACAGAGGUCUCCACUGCCUCAUAG